AGAGAGAAACGCAUGGAAGACUGAGAGUCGAAAGGUUGCCUCGUGCCUUUCGCUUCGCAGUGCGCAUGUGCUCUUGUUGACAUUGGGGACUGGCUGUGCCAUGAACUCUCACUUAGCAAAGAAGAUCUUCAAAGGAGUUUUGAUUCUGGAAUGUCUUGGCGUGGUUGGAGCUUACGCGCUGUAUUUCAAAAUGGACACAAGUCAAGAAUUCAGGCAAAAAAUGGACAGGAGAUACCCUUCUAUCCUGGAAGUUUAUUACAAAAGUAACGAGUGGUCUGGUAUAUAUGGCAAAAGGGAGCAGGAUGCAGAGACAUGGUUAAGCAACAGAAACUAGAUGUAAGUAAAACAAAAUUUAAAAUAGUUUAUAUAAAAAUGGGAUUAUAUUUAUUUUUUGUUCUUUCUGACUCUGUUUUUCAGCGGUUUGUGCCUGAACUUCUUUUUCUGCUUGAUGAUACUUUUCACAUCUUUGUUGUGAAUCCACUUGUCGCGUUCUGCCUCCCACUUGAGCUGUUUGAAAUCUAAUGGAAGAAGAAAAGAAACAAGUUAAAUACAUUAAUGGACUAACUAGAUCCCUUGGAACAUUUGACACUGAAGUUUUAUAUGCAUUUGAAGAAGGCUGCAUAAGUUAUUAGACAAAAAAACAUGAAUGAGGCAUAACAACUACAAGAUGCUUGGCACAAUGUUCCACAAAAAACUCUUCUGUUUAUAAGUCUAUCCAAACUUAAGUAUUUUACAUUGUAGUAGUGUUUGAUGAAAUGGUCUGGAAUACAUUUAUGCUAGAAUAAACAAAUCAACCACAAAAA